CUGGACGGCGCGCUGGGCGAGGCCAAGAAGCAGCUGCAGGACGAGAUGCUGCGGCGCGUGGAUGCCGAGAACCGCCUGCAGACCCUGAAGGAGGAGCUCGAGUUCCAGAAAGAACAUCUACAGCGAGGAGCUGCGGAGACCAAGCGGCGGCACGAGACGCGGCUGGUGGAGAUCGACAACGGGGAGAGCAGGAGUUUCGAGAGCAAAUUGGCCGAGGCGCUGCAGGACCUGCGGCGGCAGCACGAGAAUCAGAUCCGGCACUACCGCGAUGAGCUGGAGAAAAACCUACGGCGCAAACUGGAGAACGCCAAGCAGUCGGCGGAGCGGAACAGCAGCCUGGCGGGCGCCGCGCACGAGGAACUGCAGCAGACGCGCGUCCGCAUCGACAGCCUGAGCACCGAGCUCAGCCAGCUGCAGAAGCAGCUGGCGGCCAAGGAGGCGCGGCUGCGGGAGGUGGAGGAGGCGCUGGGCCGGGAGCGGGAGGGCGGCCGGCGGCUGCUGGCGGAGAAGGAGCGCGAGAUGGCGGAGAUGCGGGCGCGGAUGCAGCAGCAGCUGGACGAGUACCAGGAGCUGCUGGACAUCAAGCUGGCGCUCGACAUGGAGAUCAACGCCUACCGCAAGCUGCUGGAGGGCGAGGAGGAGAGGCUCCGGCUCUCUCCCAGCCCCUCGUCUCAGCGCAGCGCCGGCCGCAGCUCCGGUUUGCACCAUUCCACGCCGGGCUCCGCCAAGAAGCGCAAACUGGAGACGGCGAGAACCCGCGACGGCAGGGAGGGCCGCACCAGCUUCUCCCAUCACGCCAGGACCAGCGGCAGGGUGGGAGUGGAGGAGGUGGACCUGGAAGGGAGAUUCGUCCGGCUGAGGAACAAAUCCAACGAGGACCAGGCUCUGGGGAACUGGCAGGUGAAGCGGCAGAACGGGGACGACCCCCCCCUCACGUACCGCUUCCCCCCCAAGUUCACACUGAAGGCAGGGCAGGCCGUCACGAUCUGGGCCUCGGGGGCCGGCGCCACUCACAGCCCCCGCGACGUGGUGUGGAAGGCGCAGAGCAGCUGGGGCUCCGGGGACAGCCUGCGCACCGCCCUCAUCAACUCCAAUGGGGAGGAGGUGGCCAUGCGGAAGUUGGUGCGCACCGUCAUCAUCAACGACGACGACGACGACGACGAGGACGAUGAAGUCAGCGUCCAUCACCGCCACCACCAUCCCGGCUGCAGCGGCUCCGCAGACCCGGCCGAAUACAACCUGCGCUCCCGCACGGUGCUGUGCGGGACCUGCGGGCAGCCGGCCGACAAAGCGGGCGCCGCCGUCGCCUCCUCGUCCUCGUCCACCUCCACCGUCACCGUCAGCCGCGGUUACCGCAGCUCCGGAGGCGGCAUCGGGGAGGGGCUGCUGGGCCGCUCCUACGUGCUGGGCGGCGCCGGGCCCCGGCGUCACGCUCCGGCUCCGCAGGGCUGCAUCCUGAUGUAGCGCAGCCCCCCGGCCGCUCCGCGCCCCGCUCCUCAUUUCGGGCUCAUUUCGUCCCAAAGAAGCGCGAACCAAAGACCGCCUUUUUUUGUUCUCUUUUCUAUUCGAGUUUUGUACGGAG